AUGGAGACUAUCGAGCCAGUCCCAUACGACUUUACAUCUCAUGGAAUGGGUCCGUAUUCGCAUCGUCGGGUCAUGGACACACCUCUAUACUCGUACUACUCCAAUUCCAACCCGACGUCUUUCACCAUCCCCUACCAGCAGCAUAUUUCGACAUCGCCCACGUAUACAUCCAGCUAUGGUGCUCCAACUCUGAGUCCACCAUCUCACCCGUACCAAUACUCGAUGACAAGCCAGCCACUCACCUCGCCACUCCGACUGACCUCGGACAAUUCUCACAUGACACACGGUAUGCAAAGCUUCACCGAGUCAUCGCUACCAUUACCACCACCGCCGGCCCAGCGACACUCGCAGCAGGUUCAGCCCCAUCACUACUCGAAACAGACCCAGUCUCGUCAACUACCAGCAACUCUCCAGAUUCUCCCGGAAAUUCGACCUGCCAAGAACGCCAUCAACCCGAUCAGAGCCGCAAGCUAUAGUCCAUUAUCGACCAACGCGACCCAUUUACAUUCCCAGUCGUACGCUGCUCCCAAUUCGACACCAUCAAGGAGCAGCCGUUCUUCUCCAGCACUCCCAAGCGGCGCAAGUACAAGUGCAAGUGCAAGUACAGGCCCCAGCGCAUCCUCGGUCUCUAAAUCUGAAUCUGGAUCUGGACCAGAAGCCGAAUUCUCUACCGGAAUCGACGUUCUCAUGAAAGCCAUCCAGUCCAAACCAACCGACCCGUCCUCUUCAAUCCCACCGCAGCAAGCAGUGCUCCCACCACUUCACCAGCUCACCCCCUCAGCUUCCACCCUAGCCCCAGGACCGCCAUCAGCAUUAGCACCAAGUCAUGCACCUCACCCCAGCUAUCCACUCACCAUCUCCCCGCCGCAGGCCCUCCUCAUGGAAGAAGGACAGCUGUCGAGAUCCGGAAAGAAGAGAAAAUACACGUGCACACUCCCGAAUUGCGGAAAGAGCUUUGCACAAAAGACGCACUUGGAUAUUCAUCAUCGGGCGCACUCGGGGGAGAAACCUUUUAUUUGCAAGGAGCCCUCGUGUGGCCAGCGGUUCUCGCAGCUCGGCAAUCUCAAGACCCAUCAAAGACGACACACAGGCGAAAAGCCCUUCAAAUGCGAUAUUUGCCACAAAAGAUUCGCCCAGCGAGGCAAUGUCCGCGCACAUCAGAUCACCCACCUGCAGGCCAAGCCCUUCAUAUGUCUCCUAGACUCUUGCGGCAAGAAAUUUACUCAAUUGGGAAAUCUAAAGUCCCAUCAGAAUAAAUUCCACGCAUCCACACUCCGCAAUCUCACGCUGCGAUUCGCAUCCAUGGGCGACGCCGGACCAAUGAAUCCCGCAGACCGUGAAUUAUGGGAAUAUUUCGCCGAACUGUACAAGAACAGCAACAAGGGAAUCAAAGGACGAGGCAAAGAUCGUCGCAUCUCGACCAUUCCAUCCGCUACCGAUAAUGCAAACACAAACACAAACGCAAACGCACAUCUCGGCUCUUCUUCACCAGCUUCGUCGUCUUCCUACUCGUCCGAGUCUUCCCCCUUUAACGCCACGACUCGCACACAGUACUCCCAUACCCACGAUAAUGCCCGUCGCGCAGGAGUGCGAAUGUCCUCGAUGGAAUCCGACGAGGACAGUCGAUUGGUUUACACCGGAUAUCUAAACCGAGACAUAUCCAUGCCGAUGCCAAUGCCAAUGCCCAUGCCCAUGCCCAUGUCCAUGUCCAUGCCCCUGUCCGUGUCCGGAUCAUGCAGCAGUGAAGCCGAAGCAGACAGGGAGGAUCAUCAUGGUCUGGGCGGAGGCCGACAGAGAUACGAAGAUGUUGACGACGAGGACGAGGAAAGGGAAGCGCGCAUGGAAGUUGAAGGCUUGGGGGCGUAUUAUUUGGAGAGGAGGUUUGUUUGA